AUGUUGCUUGCUUGGCUUCUGUUGGUCUGGACACUGGGUGCUGCUGCCGCGCCGCAGAAGCGGCCGCACAAGCCUUCGCCGGAAGUCGCCGCCAUGUCUGCUGCUGAUGCCCAGUGCGCCUACCGGCUCAUCGAGACGCGCUGCCCAUAUCCCGAUGCUGCCAUGUCGCGCGCAGCCCCGCUAUGCCUGGGAGUUGUGUGCGGCAUUGGGACGGGCGACCUCUUUGAGUUCAGCACUCGUUACGGUGGCAUUCUUGGCAAAUUCCCCAAUUUGCUGAUGCUCCAGCACGGUGCGCCGGGCGAAGGAAAAAGUGUUGCCCUCUGGCUGUUCCAAAUCUUAUACUUCUUCGAUGAGCUCCGCACAAAAGCCAAAUUGGAGAAGUAUCGCAUUCAGAAAGAGGAGCACCGCUUAGCUGCACAAGAUAGCCCGCACGAGGAUGCCAAAGACGGCCCUUCCAAGCCGGAGCAUUCGGACAGCGUCCACAACAAGGGCACGUUCUUGGGCAUGGGCGCAACACUUGAGAAACAGGGCG